UUCAUUUAUUCCUACGUGAGCAGACCCACUACACUUCUUGCAUAUAAACAGUGAAAAUUACAAUAUAAAGGACUUAAUAUACCUUCUCUCGGAGUAAUUUUACCAGUAGUCAAAGCCUUGCCUGCCUAGCAGGGCUGAAGUAUAUUUUCUGCAGGUAAUUUCAACACCUUAAGUACUUACAUGAUGCCUGGCACAUAAUAAAAAUAGAGAGCUGCAAAAGAUGGAAAUACAACAGAAGUGGCAAGCCCAGCCGUGCGAGGGCCCUUUGGGAAUGGAAUGAAAGCUGGAGAAACCCGCUCACCUGCCCAUCCCUGCAAAGACUGACUGUCCGAUCUGGGCCCUUCCCUGAGGUCACAGGGUUUAUAGUUCUUUUCUUAAAAAUCAUCUGGGUCCCCAAACACGGUUAGCUUUGUACCAAUGUGAACCAGAGCAAAGACAACACGACAGAAACUGUUCCUUCUGAAUCCCCUUCUCGGCUUUAUUCCAGUCCUGGUCACGCCCCACUGAGUUGUAUGAAGCUAUUUGGGAAGACAAGUUUCCAUCAGUGAAAAAAAAGGGAAGGAACAUGAAGAAGAACAAUGGCCCCAGAGGAGGAAUUUCUGUUUGACAUGAACAGAUGUGCUACCCCAGGAACAUCAUGUCAUUUCAAAAGAGCAAACACCCCAGUUGUUUGUUACACUGCCUAUUUACACUCCAUGCAGAGGAGACACACUUAAAAGGCUGGUUGUACUACACCUGAGCCUGCCCUACCAGGGAGAUGAACUAGAUAUUCCAAAUGUAACAGAUUUGACUAAGAAUUCAUUUGUCAUGGACCUUGAGAUCAUUUCCGUUGUAUUUUGGGGGUCUUUAUGAAAGAGAAUGACAGACUUCCUCCAGGAUCCAAGCAACGUGAUUCCAUCAGUACCCAGACCACCAGCAACUUCCUUAGAUUGGAUAUUUGACCAUUAGAGUAACUCAAGUGUUUAUCUAAUUAGCAAUUAGCUCUGUGAUGAAAAUUUUUUUAACUAUGGAAGAAACAUUAGAAAUAGCUGUAGAGUAAAAUCUAUAGGCUGGGGAUGGCCAACAUAGCAACCCACACAAUCAGGAGAGUGAGUCUUCUCCACCACGUCUGCUGGCUGUUUUUGGCAUCUGGGGCUUUGUCACCAGAUGCAGCUCGAAUGACUUAAUGCAACGGGUCAAGGAGAAGCUUGUGAUCCACAGACCUUCCAAGGAGGCUCGAUGGCCCAGCAAAGCAUGAAAGUAAGACCCGUGCUCCUGAAGCGGAACAGUCUGGAUUCAGUGGACUUUGUGAAACAGCCCCACCACCGCAGAAGCAAAUCCCAACAAGUCCGCUUCAAGGAGGAUGGAGCUAGUAAGAAUCAAGCUGGCCUGGCAGAGAUUGAUGUCCAAACAGAUCAAGACUCCACCCUGACAGGGAAGGUGCAGGCAUCUCGGCACCAUCAUCUACCCAACUAUUCCCUCUCCUUUCCCAGGUCCCAGAAGGGGGGGAACAUUCGGAACAUUGCAAUCCAAACUUCCCCCAGCCUUAGGAAGCACUUCCCUGUUUUUAAAAGGAAAAAGCUCACAGCCAGCAAGUCACUAGUGGAAAUGCCCACAGGGUCUAAAAACUCCAUCCAAGUCAAUGGCAAUCUCUCAGAGCAGGACAUCAUGUCUUCUGAUCUUGCCUAUUUACGGAUCACUAGGCAUUUAGAUGAUGUGCCUCAUAGAGGUAAGAAAGCGCAUCCAUUUUUUCCCAGAGUGUCCAAGGCACAAAGCAAUGGGCCUGUUAGCAUCUGCUUUGAAGCAGAUGCUCUGGGGCCCCCAGAAAAGGUGACAGCUUCUAUACAAGUUCCUGAUGACAUAUGUCACAGCCCUCCGUGGGGUACCAAAGCCCCCACUUACAGCAUGGACAGGCCUGCUGAAUUAAGCAACACAAUACAUCCUUGUGCUAAUUUGUGCCCAGGGGAUGUAAAUGGCAGGCUGCCCUCCUCCUGCUUGAGUACUGCCAGCGGUGCUCACUCCUUGCCUGGCAGAGAUAAAACGGACCCUGAAUUGCUUUUGCCCAAAGACACAUCUGUCAUGAAAGAGCAGGUUCCUUUAUCACCUCCAUCAAAGGGAACUUGCACUCCUUCACCUCCACAGACUCAUAGCUCCUCGCCUUGUUUCCUUGGAGAGCACAGACAGGCAGACCCUCCUGAAACUGUUUCUGACUGUGCUACACUGGGUAAUGAUCACAAGGACCUAAUAUCAUUGACAACUAGCAACAUGACAAAAUCUGCUACUGAGUGUCGGGAGGAAAAAGAGAAAAAUCCCAGCCAGGCAGAUCCUUUGGAGUUUAAAAACUGUUUAGGAAGCUUUCACCUCCAGUCUUCUCUCCCAAGGAGUGAAAUCAAACCUCCAACCAACAAAGAGAUUAAAGGAAUUAAUCAAAUUCACCUGGCACACGGUGAACUGUGUGACCUCCAAGGGAGACUGCAAUCCGUGGAGGAAUCUUUGCACUCAAACCAAGAGAAGAUUAAAGUCCUUUUGAACGUAAUUCAAGACUUGGAAAAAGCCAGAGCCCUCACUGAAGGGCGUAACUUCUACAGAACUGGCCAGGACCUCAACAACUGCAGCACUUGUCAGAACACAGCAUGCAUCAUAUACAGUGUAGAAUACGAUUUCCGACAGCAAGAGGGGAGGUUCCAUCAAGUCCUAAGUAGUCUGGACCAAGUAGAACCACCACCAGAGACAGCCCUACCACCAAAGCCGCCAGCAGAGCCUCCUGCUCCUGAAAAACAGGACUUACGGAGGAAAACCAAAAAGGUGAAGAAGAAAUGUUUCUGGUGGAUUUGAGUUUGUUAGAGCACCGCACUCCUCAAACUGCCUUCCCAAGGUGGGGAAGCCAAGUGCCAUGUCCUCUCCUGCUUGGUAGCCAAACUGCUCAAGAGACCACCAAGGUCAUCCCAGGAGGUGUCCAAAAUACAGUCCUAAUCAGAGAUGGGACAGGCAGGCCUCAGCAGGGUUGGGACCAGUCACACAAUGGGACUCAAAAGCAGAAGGAGCAGGUCCCACUUGCUAAAGGUUUUGCAGAUACUCCAAUGCCAACUUGCAGAGCUCCCUUUCAAACAUAUUUGGUUUCAUAGGGCAGGAAGAAGGUUGCCAGCAGCCAUUCACAUGCUCUUUCAUUACCCCAGCACCCUACAGUGACCCACCCACCUACACCAUGAAUAUAAAUACUCUCUGACCUAGGCUCACAGACAGGGAAAGGGAAUAGGUUCAGAGACAUGGGGGUACCCAAAGGCUACUCCUCGGCUAUCCUAGGAAAACAAAGAGCCCCAACCCACAGGUUUCUGAGACAUCAGCAAUAUUUAAGCACAAAAAGAGGUCAAACGGCAUGGUAGCCCUAAUUUGUUGGUAAUUUUUCAUUCCUUAAUUAGAAAUUUGAGCCCAAAUUAAUUAUUUAAUAAUCUUGUGACAAUUAAAUGUUAUUAGGACUUGCAAAGAGGUCCUAAUUCUAAACACGUGCGCACACACACACACACAUCCCAAUACCCUGGUCAGGAUUAUAACUGGUUGCCCAUUUUAUCAUCCACUGAAUUUUCAGCAAAUAAGCAUGGUAUAGGAAGGAUAAGAAGGAUUUUUGUCAUGACACUCAUGCACACGUGUCAUCUAGUCAUAGAUCCCCAGGGUUCCCCUUAACAAGGUAGGAACAAGAGGAUCUGACCCCCUUUCAGCCUCUCUUGUAACCAAAAAAUAAUUAAUUAUGUAAAACCAACUAAUAUGGCAGCUGAAUCUAACCUUUCCUGUCAGUAGAAUGUAAGCUCCUUGAGGGCAGAGACUGUUUUGUUUAUGUUUUUGUAUCCCUAGCACCUAGCACAGUGCCUUGCACACAGUAGGUGUUUAAUAAAUGGCUAUUGAAUUGAAUUGGCUGAGGCCUCAAUUAAAUCCCCAUGAGAUUUUAAAAAAUAAUAUUUAAUGCCACAAUAUUCAGGUGCCCCUACCCAUUAUUCUGGUUUUUUUUUUUGUAUUGUCAAUUUUAUAAUAAUUCCAUCAUAUGUUCAGCUAUUCCAAUAGCCUUGCUGAUCAUUUCAAAUCAGCUUUAGGAUCCUGCAGUUUAUUAAUCUGAGGCAUAUCUCUUCACAGUGAGCUAGAAAUGAGAGCCUGAUGGGAAGAAGUUGCAGAAUUGGGUAUGGAGAUAAAUCUCCUAUUUCUACUAAGCUCUGAUUUCUUAUGAGUACCCAUGGCUAAUUUCCCCCUAGAUUCUAAACCUGAGAGAGCAGUCUAAUUUUAAUGGUGGACAAAAUCUCAAAAAUAAUGUAAUUAGAUUUCUGCUGUACAUUCAUGGGGAGUGAGAGCAAGGGUCAGAAAGCUUCUUGAUUAAAUUAAACCCAAUGGAAGCUUGUUAAGACAGUCAUCUUUCAAUACAGGAGAAGUAGAAGAGACCCACUCAGAGUGUUUAUGGGCUAUAGAGAUCUGGUGUAUCAUUCAAUGGAGGGAUUCCUAAUAGGCCAGUGGUGGAGUCAUCUGGUGGAGAUUCUGGAGGACAGUCACCUACUCAUGGUUGUACACAGGAAGCACUGGCCCCAUCCCAAAUCGAGGCCUCUUGAGAAAAUCUCACCAACAGUGUCACCUUCCCACAUGACGGCAGUGCAGUCAAACAGAGCCAUUUCAGUGCAAGGAGAAAAAUUUCAGGAAAGUUGCCAAGAAAUCACAUCACAGAGUUGCUGAAGCAGCUUCUGUCUAAUUUCUAGGGUAGUACCUAGCCUCACACAAAGAGACUCUAAUAAGGCCCAGAAUGCACAAAUAAAACCAAGGAAUGUUAUAAGAAAUAUGCUUAUCAUAGAAUCUCUUCCUGAAGCCACCUUUAAAUACAGCAAUAGCUAAAUGCCACAGAUACUUAUUUCUGCAUCUCUGUAUGUACAGCCAAUUCUCAAAUGACCCCAUCUAUGAAAAAGAUCAAUAAUAUGGAUAAUUUAAAACAAUAUUAAUCGAAAAUUCAAUUAUACUUUGUUUUGGAAUAUGUGAUUUUUUUGCAGUGCAUUUGCCAUCUUAAUUAUUCCUUAAGUUAAUUUUAAAUGUCUAUUUCAUCUGAACACAUAUCAACUAUAUUUCAAGAGGGUGGCCCAGGACUAAGCUGAAUAAUUUAAAGAAGCCAGGAUGUGGGUCAAUCUUUCUAUGUGGAUAGCAUAUACUUGUAGAAAUGACAGUUUAUAGUGUAAGGAUGCCUAUUAGAUAGAUAUCCACAACUACACAAGCCCACGUAGACCCAUGUAUGUGCUCUAUUGCAGGAACUCACAGUAGCCUCAGAGAAUAUAAGGGGAUCAGGACUAGGUUCUGAAAACAAGCAAAGAAAAACUGAACAGGAAGGCUAGCAAUGGUUUUAUACCAAAGCACAGUCCAGCUGCUCCUAGGACCUGCUUCUGGAACAAGAGAAGGGAGUUCCUCAGUAUUAAGCCUGUCCAAAUCAUGGAAGUGAGAUGAGCCUUGUCACAACUUCUCUUUCCAACCAAUAAAAUGGUCUCUGAAUUAUUCCAAACUCCCAUUAAAACAGUAAAAACAAAAACAAUAACAACAACACAGAGAAACCCAAACCCCUACUCAUCUCCUCACAGGAAGAUAGACCUUCUUCAUUGUAAAAUAAUGUAUAGCAUCUGCCACCAUGAUUUUACCGAAAUAUUACACUUGAAGUUACUCUUUUUUAUGGAGAAAGAUCCAUCUAGCAAAAAAUUCUUUUGUAUAACAUAGAGGAAACAUGGACUAACACCAACACAUUCUACAUUGUGGGAGUUUCCAUAGCUACUUUCUCCGUAGUGGAAUUAAAAAAAGAUUACUCACUAUACUUGGUACUUAAAGCUAGCUGCUCCAUAGAGCAUCUUCUUUAAAAUGACAUACUAAUGUAAUGUUUUGUAAAUUUCUAAAUGGUUUU